UCUGUCUACAAUUUGAUUCUGGAUUCUUUCCGACUCUGUCUGUGGAGCCAACUUUUGUUUAUAGCUUGAGAAGAUAAGAAAAACCAUCCCUUUUGAGCUGUGUUUUUUUUUAGACAAAACUGUGUUCUUUCUAUUACUCUGUCUCUUUUUCUUUGAUUUUAAGCUAAAGCUUUUAGAUUUGCGAAAGGGCCAGUUUGGUAUCAAGAUAAUGAACAUUUUUGGUAGGGAAAGAAGUAAACUUUUUGGAUUUUGUUUGCAGCUUAAUGAAACAAACAUUUGUUUUCUUGUUUCUAAAUUUGUUUUCAAGUACUGAAGUUCAAUUUAAAUGGUUGAUUAGAGUUUUUGGAAUUGUUUUCAUCAAUGUUUGAAUACGUGAAUACUGAAUGUUUUCGAAAUGUAGUUGAGUGAGAAACAGUUUCUAUGCAUGCAAGUUCAGAUUUUUCCUUAUCGGUCACAUACAAAUAAGUUUAUAGUCUAAAUUUAGAGGCUUUUUUGUUUCUACAUUGGGUUCUAUAGGCUAAAGGGUUAAAUAUCUGAUGAUUUUGUUAAAAUUUGGUUCAAAUCCAUGAGGAAUCUAUACUGGUUUAGGCAAAGCUCUAACAAUGGAAAAUCAGAGAGGAGGCUGUCUCUUGGAGAAUAUAAGAGAGCAGUUUCUUGGUCCGAGUAUUUGGUUUCAUCUGGGGCAGAGAUUAAAGGAGAGGGAGAAGGAGAAUGGAGUGCAGAUAUGUCUCAGUUGUUUAUUGGUAACAAAUUUGCAUCAGGGAGGCAUAGUAGGAUUUAUAGAGGGAUAUAUAAGCAAAGAGAUGUGGCAGUCAAGCUUGUAAGUCAGCCUGAGGAGGAUGAGAGCUUGGCUGCAAUGCUUGAGAACCACUUCAUUUCAGAGGUAGCUUUGCUGUUUCGGUUAAGGCAUCCUAAUAUCAUCACCUUUGUUGCAGCUUGUAAGAAACCUCCUGUAUUUUGUAUAAUCACCGAGUAUUUGGCCGGGGGCUCAUUGAGAAAAUUUCUCCAUCAGCAAGAGCCAUAUUCAGUUCCUCUCGAUUUAGUUCUGAAAUUAGCCCUUGACAUUGCACAUGGGAUGCAAUAUCUCCAUUCACAAGGGAUACUUCACAGGGACCUCAAAUCUGAAAAUUUACUGCUUGGAGUAGAUAUGAGCGUCAAAGUUGCUGAUUUUGGUAUUUCCUGCUUGGAAUCGCAAUGUGGUAGUUCAAAGGGAUUCACAGGCACAUAUCGAUGGAUGGCUCCUGAAAUGAUCAAAGAAAAACACCACUCGAAGAAAGUUGAUGUCUACAGUUUUGGCAUAGUCCUAUGGGAGCUCCUCACAGCAUUGACACCUUUUGACAACAUGACUCCAGAACAAGCUGCAUUUGCAGUCUGCCAAAAGAAUGCAAGACCGCCAUUGUCACCGAAAUGUCCUCUGGCUUUCAGUCAUCUCAUUAAUCGAUGCUGGUCGAGCAAUCCAGACAAACGACCACAUUUUGAUGAGAUAGUUGCGAUCUUGGAAAGCUAUUCAGAGUCCCUGGCGCAGGAUCCAGAAUUUUUCACAGCCUACAAACCUCCCACUAAUCAUAGUAUUUUGAGAUGCUUCCCAAAAUUUAUUGCAGGCCGUCGGUCCGCCUCUGUGCAAGCCUAGGAACUUGAGUUACAUUAUGUGUAAUGAAACAUGCACGUACCGUAUUGUUUUCUAGGUUUGUUAUUGUUAGGAGAUUAUGUACUUCCUUGCAUCAAAUAUGUUGGAGCAAAAGCAUGUAUUAUGUACCACAUUUUUCCAUUAAACUUGUUUCUUUAUAUUUCUACCAAGAAGAUGUUUAUAAGACCUCAAUGAUUGCUCCCAGUUCUUCA